GUUCUAUUGAAACUGCCAUAGAUGUCAUACUUCUUCAAAUCACCGCUGGACCUCGAGAUACGAUUCGAAGGUGAAGACUCUCGUCAGCAAUUCGAGGUCAAGUCAGCGCAAGGGAAGAAGGAUAAGUACCCUCUGUACGAAGAUGGGGAGUCUGUUGUUGGUGAGGUCACGGUGAGGGUUAAGGAUGGUAAGAGGGUCGAACACACCGGCAUCAAGGCACAACUGUUCGGGUCAAUUGAGAUCUCCAAUGGACAGCGAGACGACUUCCUCUGUCUGAGCCACGAUUUGGCCCCACCGGCAGAGCUGGACCACAGUGAGACCUACAAGUUCAACUUCAAGGACGUUGAGAAACGGUACGAGAGUUACAAGGGCAAGAACCUGAACGUUUCGUACUACGUGAAGAUUGUGAUAUUCCGAAAGAGCGCCGAUAUCACCAAGAUUAAGAAGUUUUGGGUGAACAUCUACUCCAACCCUACAGACUUGAAGAAGUCGAUCAAGCUGGACAUCGGGAUUGAAAACUGCCUCCAUAUCGAGUUUGAGUAUUCCAAGUCGACUUAUUCGUUGAAGGAUGUCAUUGUCGGAAGAAUAUACUUCCUGCUUACCCGUCUGAAGAUCAAGCACAUGGAAAUAAGUCUCAUCACGAGGGAAACUGUCGGUGUGCAACCAAAUCAACUAAGCGACUCCUCCACGAUAAGAUAUGAGAUCAUGGAUGGAUCACCAGUGAAAGGAGAAACAAUACCAAUAAGAAUGUUCUUAGGAGGUUACGAACUCACACCAACUACAAAGACUAACCUGUUCAGCGUAAAGAAUUACAUUAGCUUGGUCAUUAUCGAUGAAGAUGGAAGACGGUACUUCAAGCAGUCCGAGAUUGUGCUGUUCCGUACAAAGAGUUGAACUCCUCUCCUC